CAUUGGAAAGGUAGACACCUCUUUGGCUGGACAACUGGACCAUGGACAGGGAUCUCAGCGAAGAUGACAGCGUGAUGGAGCUCAGCUUCAAGGCCGAGAGUCCUCUGACGCCCCCUGCUGAGCUCCUAGAGAGAAUGUCGAGCUGUGACCACCUUCUUCGUGGGGGCACACAGCAGAUUUUCUUCCCACUUUUGGAGGCCCCGGGAAGGCCCCAGCAGCCCAGUUCCUGGUCCUUGGUCCUGGAACAGAGGUUUUUCUCCACUGUGGACCAUGCUCAGGGCCUCUCCCUUCUCCGGGCCUCAGUUUCCCGUUGGCAUGGCGAAGGGAUGGACCAGUUGAGGUCGCUGGCCCUUCCCAGACCCCUGCCUCUCCGCUCGGUCCCCAGCAGGGCCCCUCUGGUAACGGAGGAGGUGGCCCGUGAAGCCUUCCUCAGCUUCGUGAACUCCAAGUGCUGCUAUGGCAGCGCAGCCGCCGGUGACCUCAUCAUCCGGGAGCUGAAGAAGCAGACCCUCUGCAGGUAUCGGCUAGAGACCUUCAGCGAAUCCAGGAUCACUGAAUGGACGUUUGAACCUUUUACUAACCACUCUGUAGAUGGACCUGAAAGAGGGACUUCUCCCAGGCUCUGGGACAUCAACGUCCAGGUUCCUCCAAUGUUUCAGGAAGACACCAGGAAGUUUCAGGUUCCUCACUCGUCACUGGUCAAGGAAUGCCACAAAUGCCAUGGGCAUGGGCGACACAAGUGCAGAGGCUGCCACGGGGCAAGCAUGGUGAGGUGCUCCUCCUGCAGUGGAUCCAAGCGCAAAGCCAAGCAGCCACGGAGGUGCCAGGUGUGCUCGGGGUCCGGCCGCAGAAGGUGCAGCACGUGCUCGGGGAGGGGGAACAAGACCUGCACCACCUGCAAGGGGGAGAAGAAACUGCUGCACUUCAUUCAGCUCAUCAUCAUGUGGAAGAACAACCUGUUUGAGUUUGUGUCUGAGCACCAGCUGAACUGCCCUGGGGAGCUCCUUGCUAAAGCCAAAGGAGAAAACCUCUUCAAAGAUGAAAACCUGAUGGUGUACCCCAUCGUGGACUUCCCGCUGCAGGAGAUCUCCCUGGCUUCCCAGAGGGCCAUCGCCAAGCACAAUGCCACCCUGGCCUCCCGCACCCGCAUCCUGCAGCAGCGCCAGACCAUCGAGCUGAUCCCCCUCACAGAAGUUCAUUACUGGUACCAUGGUCAGACGUCUGUCUACUACAUCUAUGGCACCGACCACAAGCCUGGUUCCUGCCCUUUAAGGCCUGGUGGGGGAAAUAAAAGAGCAUGGUGAUUGCAGAGACUGAGCAAGGAAAGAAACAGAAACCACAAUUUGCUUGCAAAGCUGAUAUGCUCUCUGGAGCCAUGGCAUGCCGUACAAAACAGCUGAGUUCGGAUUGUCUUAGCAGCAGCUCCUUCAGGCCCAUCUGUGCCAAGAUAACACCACAGGUAAGCUGUAUUACAGUAACUCUGCAUGGGCUCAGGUGUUCCAGAUGUAAGCCCUCUGGCUGUUUCAGACAUCAGCAGGUUUUGAAAGCUUUGCAGAUGAUUCUAAUAUGCAGCCAAAGUCGAAAACCCUGGAGUGGACCAGUGACCCUCAGCUGGGGGUGAGCAUUGGCCUCCACUAGGGAGCUUGUUAAAACUACACCUUCCCUAGUCCCAGACCUCCCGAAAACAGACUCUCCCAGUGGAUGACUCAGCCAUGUAUAUUUCCACAGAGUCUCUGGGAGAUUCUGAUACAGACACCAGGUUCAGAGCCAUGCCAGGGCUUCUCAACCUCUAACUUGCCUAGCAAUCACCUGGGGAUCUUGUCAGAAUGUGGAUUCUGAUGCAGCAGGUCUGGGGUGGGGAUUGCUACUUUGCAUUUCUGGAAAUCUCAUAGGCCACUGCUGAUGCUGUAGCAAGGAAGUCGACUCUGGGAAUUCUUCUCACUCGAACAUUCCCGAGUCUCUGGCACAGCUAAUCUGUUCUUUUGCCUGUGCCCCCUCCUCUCCCACACCCUGGGAUCACUAUCUCAAGGCCCUUUCACAAUUAUGGUUGAAUUUCUCCCCCACAUCCACCAUUUCAGGUGAUGUUAUAGGAGCGCCAUUUUACAGAUGAUGCAACUGAGGCCCACAAGGCCGAGUAAUUAGUCCAAAGCAAUGUGGCCCCAGCCAAUGGCAGUUAGGACUCAUAACAGAAAAAAUAGCAAGAUGACACCACCACCACCCCUGAUCCCUGGUUGGCCCCUUGAGUCUUUUCCAUUCUAAUUACAGAGCUGGGGCCUCAGUGUGGCUUUGCUCAGGAACUGAAAUCACCUGAUAUGUUUGUCCAGUGGGUGAAAAGUGGCCUUUAUUU